CCCCCCAUAUACACACCCACCCACUCCCUCCUGCUCCACCUCCCUACUCCUACCCCUUCCUUCCCUUCCUCCCUCCCCACCCGGGUGCAUCCUGGGCAGUGUCUGAGAUCUUCCCCCCCAUAUUUUGCUCCCCAUUUUCCCAUUUCCUCUGAGCCCCCACUCCUUUAGCCACUUUACUCGCCCUCCCUCUUCUUCCUUUUUCUUCUCCCUCUCUCUCUCUUUCACACACACACACACACACACACACACACACACAUUCUCAUUCCUCUCUCGUGGUGGCCGAUUGCCGGGGGUUCCCAAUCUCCCCCCUCCCCCACCCCUUCAGCCAGUUCUUAAAGGAGCAGGCCUGCAAUCUUGGAAGGCGGGAGAAAUGGGGGAAAAUGAAAUGUGCAUGCAGUGUGCAUGUGCGUGCGUGCCUGUGUGUGCCAGUGUGUAUGUGUUGACUGUGUAACUGUGUCAGAAGGCCUGUGUGUCUGAGUGUGUUGCUAUUUCUGUUUCUGUCUCCACCUAUGUGUCACCAUUAUGCUGCAUGUGUCUCUAGAUAUUUACCUAUGCGGGCAUGUGUGAUGAUAUUUCAGUAAGUCUCUGUGUGUGUCUCUGAAUGUAUCACUCUGUGAGGCUCUGGCUGUGUGAGGCGCUCUGUCUCCGAAUGUGGGACUAUAUGAGGGGAUCUCUGUGGGUUUGGAAUGUAUGUCUCUACGACUGAAUAUCACAGUGUCUGUGAUCCUGGCUUGGUCUCUCUCAUUCCCUCUUUGAGUCUUUGUGAGUUUAUUUCUAUGAGUCUCUGAGUGUAUGGCCCCUACACUGCGUUGUUUAUUUUGCACUGGACAAGCAUCGACAAUGCCUAGGGUGCUGGGCAGAAUGAUUUCUACCUCAAUUCUGGUAUUGCAUUUGGUGUUGAAUUAAGAGAUAGCCAACAGAGAGAGGAACAAGGCUUAAGGAUUUGGGAGCAGUGAGGACUGAGGAGAAAUGUACAGGAGGGGCUCAGGAGAGUCUGGGGACUCUGGUGAAUGGCUGUCCUGCCCCCUGCCCUGCCUGAGAGUGAGGAAGUCUCUCUGUGAUUUCGUCUGUCUGUCUGCUGCUUUCCCUUCUUAUGCCUAAUGUCCCAGAGUGAGGUGAACGAUCCUACCCUCUCCUGAUGGGGAGGUCAGUGUGUGGGAUUACCAGGUCCUUGGGGCUGGACAGCUCAAGGUUCAUGCAGCAUGCCCAGGGACCCAGGCUCCAUCUCUAGUUCCCACCCCCUGGCUACCAUGUUACUCUGGUUCCAGGCGACUCUGAUGAACUCUAUUGGCUGUGGGGUUGAAGUUGGGGACUUUGAACUUGCAUUGGCAACAAACUGUCGCUCUGCCAAUCCCUUUGGAUUUUCCAACCAUGGCCUGGCACAUAAAAUGCUUCUGACUGCUGGUGGAUCAUCUGUGAGUGGCUGGAGCCCUGGGCAUGUGAAACUCUCCUAAUGGCCUGUCUGGCCCUGAGGGAGUCCCCUUUCUGAAGCUGUGGUGCUUGGACGACCUGCUCUCUACGUUGCUGGGCACCUGUAGGUGUCCCUGGAGAGCUCAGUUUUGAGGUUCAAGUCAGUGUGGCCAUGAAGGGGCUGCCUAUUGGGCUGAUGCUGUGACCCUGGAGUCUGCCUCUCUUGCCAGUCCCCCUGCCUGGAACAUGUGGCUGCGGCUUGGCCCGCCGUCGCUGUCCCUGAGCCCCAAGCCCACAGUUGGCCGGAGCCUGUGCCUCACCCUGUGGUUCCUCAGUUUGGUGCUGAGGGCCAGUACCCAGGCUCCAGCACCCACAGUCAAUACUCACUUUGGGAAGCUAAGGGGUGCCCGGGUACCACUGCCCAGUGAGAUCCUGGGACCUGUGGACCAAUACCUGGGGGUGCCCUACGCAGCUCCCCCAAUCGGCGAGAAACGUUUCCUGCCCCCUGAACCACCCCCAUCCUGGUCGGGCAUCCGGAACGCCACACACUUUCCCCCAGUGUGCCCCCAGAACAUCCACACAGCUGUGCCCGAAGUCAUGCUGCCAGUCUGGUUCACUGCCAACUUGGAUAUCGUAGCCACUUACAUCCAGGAGCCCAACGAAGACUGCCUCUACCUGAACGUCUAUGUGCCCACGGAGGAUGUAAAGCGGAUUUCCAAGGAAUGCGCCCGAAAGCCCAACAAGAAAAUUUGUAGGAAAGGAGGAUCCGGCGCUAAGAAACAGGGCGAGGACUUAGCGGAUAAUGACGGGGAUGAAGAUGAAGACAUCCGGGACAGUGGUGCUAAGCCUGUCAUGGUCUACAUCCACGGAGGCUCUUACAUGGAAGGGACAGGCAACAUGAUUGAUGGCAGCGUCCUCGCCAGUUAUGGCAAUGUCAUCGUCAUCACCCUCAACUAUCGGGUUGGGGUGCUAGGUUUCCUGAGCACUGGCGAUCAGGCUGCCAAGGGCAACUAUGGGCUCCUUGACCAAAUCCAGGCCCUCCGCUGGGUGAGCGAGAAUAUUGCCUUCUUCGGAGGAGAUCCCCACCGUAUUACCGUCUUUGGCUCGGGCAUCGGCGCAUCCUGUGUCAGCCUCCUCACGUUGUCACACCACUCUGAGGGACUGUUCCAGAGGGCCAUCAUCCAAAGUGGUUCUGCUCUGUCCAGCUGGGCUGUAAACUACCAGCCAGUGAAGUACACCAGCCUUCUGGCAGACAAAGUGGGCUGCAACGUGCUAGACACCGUGGACAUGGUGGACUGUCUUCGGCAAAAGAGUGCCAAGGAACUGGUAGAGCAGGACAUCCAGCCAGCCCGCUACCAUGUGGCCUUUGGUCCUGUGAUUGAUGGUGACGUCAUCCCUGAUGAUCCCGAGAUCCUGAUGGAACAGGGAGAGUUCCUCAACUAUGACAUCAUGCUAGGUGUCAACCAGGGUGAGGGUCUCAAGUUUGUGGAAGGGGUGGUGGACCCUGAGGAUGGUGUCUCUGGCACGGACUUUGACUAUUCUGUCUCCAACUUUGUGGACAAUCUGUAUGGCUAUCCUGAGGGUAAGGACACCCUGCGGGAGACCAUCAAGUUCAUGUACACAGACUGGGCAGACCGUGACAACCCUGAGACCCGCCGUAAAACACUGGUGGCACUCUUCACCGACCACCAGUGGGUGGAGCCCUCGGUGGUGACAGCCGACCUGCACGCCCGCUAUGGCUCACCCACCUACUUCUACGCCUUCUACCAUCACUGCCAGAGCCUCAUGAAGCCUGCUUGGUCAGAUGCAGCUCAUGGGGACGAAGUACCCUAUGUUUUUGGGGUCCCUAUGGUAGGCCCCACUGACCUUUUCCCCUGCAACUUCUCCAAGAAUGAUGUCAUGCUCAGUGCUGUCGUCAUGACCUAUUGGACCAACUUUGCCAAGACUGGGGAUCCCAACAAGCCGGUCCCCCAGGACACCAAGUUCAUUCACACCAAGGCCAACCGCUUUGAGGAAGUGGCCUGGUCCAAAUACAAUCCCCGAGACCAGCUCUACCUUCACAUCGGGCUGAAACCAAGGGUCCGCGAUCAUUACCGGGCCACCAAGGUGGCCUUUUGGAAACACCUGGUGCCCCACCUAUACAACCUGCAUGACAUGUUCCACUAUACAUCCACAACCACCAAAGUGCCGCCCCCGGACACCACCCACAGCUCCCACAUCACCCGCAGGCCCAACGGCAAGACCUGGAGCACCAAGCGGCCAGCCAUCUCACCUGCCUACAGCAACGAGAACGCCCAGGGCUCCUGGAACGGGGACCAGGAUGCAGGGCCACUGCUGGUGGAGAAUCCUCGUGACUACUCCACUGAAUUGAGUGUCACUAUCGCCGUGGGGGCCUCCCUCCUGUUCCUUAAUGUUCUGGCCUUCGCUGCCCUCUACUACCGUAAGGACAAACGGCGCCAGGAGCCCCUGCGGCAGCCCAGCCCUCAGAGGGGAGCUGGGGCCCCGGAGUUGGGAGCUGCCCCUGAGGAGGAGCUGGCAGCGUUGCAGCUGGGCCCCACCCACCACGAGUGUGAGGCUGGCCCCCCGCACGACACGCUUCGCCUCACCGCAUUGCCCGACUAUACCCUGACCCUGCGGCGCUCCCCCGACGAUAUCCCACUCAUGACCCCCAACACCAUCACCAUGAUCCCCAACUCCCUGGUAGGGCUGCAGACGUUGCACCCCUACAACACCUUUGCCGCCGGGUUCAACAGCACCGGGCUGCCCCACUCACACUCCACUACCCGGGUAUAGCUCCAGCCCAGAGCACAGCCCAUCCCUGGCUCCCUCCCUCCCAACCCACGGACACACACACACGCAGACACGCACACAGACACACACGGACAUAUAUGUAUACGCACGCACCCACACCCUACAGCAGACCCACCCGCACAAACAUAGAUGUGGACAUGCACUUGCAUGUACAGAAACACAGAUACGGAAGUAAACCUGAACAAACCCUUCAAAACGGGGACACCAAUGAGUCCUCGGGAAACCGAGGACCCAUGGAACAGCAGCUGAAGCCAGCUCCCUGAGCCUGACCACAGACACUCCUGGGGGCGCUGAAAGCAACAGCUGGACACCCCCUUGGUGCUCGCCUUCGGCCUCUCUUGGAACUGCACCACCGACCAACUCCAGACUCGGGAGCUUGAAAGAGCAGAGUAGCUCUUCCUCCCCCAGACUUGGUCUUUUUUCUGGGUCUUGUUUUUGUUGAUUUUUUUUCACUUUUGGAACAAAUGCUUUUCCAACCCGUGAGUGCUAAGAGGCAGCUCUGGAAGGGAGGGCUCCAGGCCCAGGUUUCUCUGGCUGCGGGACCCCCAGUGCACACACAAGCGGACCAAGGAACAGGACCCUCCCGGAGAGAAACAGAUUCGAGCAAGACUAUGGGGUGGAAAGAGAAAGGGGUUAAUUACUGCUGGAUGGGGCUGGAGAGCCACGGGGAGACAUCUCCAGCUAUCUCUGUGUCCCUGUGAUGGCUGCAGAGCCUACAAGGUGACCUGCCUUCCCCCAAAGGCCAGCAGCAUUGGCCUGGCUAGACCAGGGGACCCUAGAUUUGCUGAAUGAGGUACUGUGGAGGCCACGCCAUUCCUGGCCCCCCACUCCGCCCGGGUGUGAUCUGGGUUCUGCCUCUGCCCUUGGGGAAAUGCUAUCAGAUAUUUGCCCCAUUUUCUUUACAGUCUCUUUUGUGUCUGUCAUUUCUCUUUCAAAAAGGCGGUGUUUUUUGUU